AGUGAGAGGGAUCCGUGCGGACGCUUGUGGCGGCGGGACGGGGCGGCGGGUGGAGGCGGUGAGUGUGAAUGGGUGGCGCCCAUGCGGGGCAACGGAGACGGAGAGAGCGGGCAGCGGCAGCGGCAGGUCCAACUCAACAUCAAAAAGAGGAUAUUUAUGAUUACGACUCUGUACUGCUGUCUGUGGGUCUUGCCACCAUUAUCCUUUGAUCCAGAAGAUUGUGGAUUUAAAUCCUACUCCACCGAUGUCAACAAUCUAGUUUGGCACCCAGUGUUGUACUGAGAUUAUGCUGAAGUAUGAGAUGAAAUGUUAAACCAAGAAGGAAGAAUGUAAUCAUGCUUAGCCGUACUGAGAUUAGUCCAUGAUCUAGUACGUUCUGAAAACAUUUAGAAUGUCCACAGAUUAAGUGUGUGAACUUUCCAGUGAUGUAUACGUGUAUUUGGCAGCUAACUACAAAUCAAACAAUCGGCCUAAAGCAACCUUGCUUGGUUGCAUUGGUACACAUAGGAAUAGCUUUUCUGUAGCUUGCAGUUUUGCUGGUGGUUGUUGCUGGGAAAAACAAACAUGUCUGUUCAUGGUCUGGAAACCCACCAUCCUAACUUCUUUCUCGGACCUGAAGAUACAGAGUUAUUGCAGCAAAUGAAACAUGAAGUAUUUGACGACUUUGAACAGGAUGAAGAAUAUGAUUCUCCACCAGAAAGACAGAUUGUUGUCGGGAUCUGUGCCAUGUCCAAGAAAUCCAAGUCCAAGCCAAUGAGUGAGAUUAUGAAACGACUUUGCAAAUUUAAAUACAUAACUACUGUGAUAUUUGAAGAAAGCACUAUUCAAAAUGAGCCAGUGGAAAGAUGGCCACUUUGUGAUUGCCUCAUCUCUUUCCAUUCAAAAGGAUUUCUUUUGGACAAAGCAGUGGCCUAUGAAAAGCUCAGAAAUCCAUUUGUUCUUAAUGAUUUGAACAUGCAAUAUGACAUUCAAGACAGGAGGGAAGUGUAUCGGAUCUUGAAAGAGGAAGGAAUUGAGCUGCCACGUUAUGCAAUUUUAAAUCGAGAUCCAGAUAAACCUGAUGAAUGCAAUUUAAUUGAGGGUGAAGAUCAUGUAGAGGUCAAUGGAGAUAUCUUUCAAAAACCAUUUGUUGAGAAGCCAGUAAGUGCAGAGGACCACAAUGUUUACAUUUAUUAUCCAACAAGUGCUGGAGGAGGAAGCCAAAGACUCUUUCGAAAGAUUGGAAGUAGAAGCAGCGUCUAUUCUCCUGAAAGCAAUGUCCGAAAAACUGGAUCAUAUAUAUAUGAACAAUUUAUGCCGACAGAUGGCACAGAUGUGAAGGUUUAUACAGUUGGUCCAGAUUAUGCUCAUGCAGAGGCUCGCAAAUCUCCUGCUCUGGAUGGCAAGGUUGAGCGUGACAGUGAAGGAAAGGAAGUUCGAUAUCCUGUCAUACUAAACGCCAGAGAGAAGCUAAUUGCUUGGAAGGUUUGCCUUGCUUUUAAGCAAACAGUUUGUGGCUUUGAUUUACUAAGAGCCAAUGGUCAAUCCUAUGUCUGUGAUGUUAAUGGCUUCAGCUUUGUGAAGAAUUCCAUGAAGUAUUAUGAUGAUUGUGCAAAGAUUUUAGGAAACCUCAUCAUGCGAGAGUUAGCUCCACAAUUUCGUAUCCCAUGGUCUAUUCCUACCGAAGCAGAGGACAUCCCUAUUGUACCUACUACAUCUGGCACCAUGAUGGAGCUUCGAUGUGUGAUUGCAGUCAUAAGGCAUGGGGAUCGAACACCAAAACAGAAAAUGAAAAUGGAAGUGCGGCACCAGAGAUUUUUUGAUCUCUUUGAAAAAUAUAAUGGAUACAAAGCAGGAAAAAUAAAGCUGAAGAAGCCAAAGCAGCUACAGGAAGUCUUAGAUAUAGCGAGGCAUCUUUUGGCAGAAUUGGGGCAGAAUAAUGAUUCAGAAAUAGAAGAAAGUAAAGCAAAACUUGAACAACUUAAAACAGUGCUUGAGAUGUAUGGCCACUUUUCUGGAAUAAACCGUAAAGUUCAAUUGACAUAUCUGCCUCUUGGGUGUCCAAAGACUUCAAGCGAAGAAGAUGAAAAGAAGAAGGAAGAACCUUCUCUACUGCUGGUGUUAAAGUGGGGUGGAGAACUGACUCCAGCAGGCAGAGUCCAAGCUGAAGAGCUAGGUCGUGCUUUCAGGUGUAUGUAUCCAGGAGGACAAGGAGAUUAUGCAGGAUUUCCUGGUUGUGGUUUGCUCCGAUUGCACAGUACAUAUCGGCAUGAUUUGAAGAUUUAUGCUUCAGAUGAAGGGAGAGUUCAGAUGACUGCAGCAGCCUUUGCUAAGGGAUUGCUUGCGUUGGAAGGGGAGCUAACCCCAAUUCUUGUGCAGAUGGUUAAAAGUGCUAACAUGAAUGGCUUGUUAGACAGUGACAGUGAUUCCCUGAGUAGUUGUCAGCAGAAAGUUAAAGCUCGGCUUCAUGAAAUUCUACAGAAAAACCGAGACUUCACCCUUGAUGAUUACGAAAAGCUUGCUCCAACAAAAAACAGUUCUAUAAUUAAGUCAAUGCAGUUAAUCAAAAAUCCUGUUAAAACCUGUGAUAAGGUCUACACAUUGAUCCAGAGCUUGACGUCACAGAUUAGGCAGAGGAUGGAACACCAUAAAUCAGCUGACAUUCAGCUUUAUCAUAGUGAAUCACUUGAACUGAUGCUUAGAAGAUGGGCUAAAUUAGAAAAAGAUGUUAAAAUGAAGAAUGGUCGUUAUGAUAUAAGUAAAAUUCCUGAUAUUUAUGACUGUAUUAAAUAUGAUGUUCAACACAAUAGUUCCCUAAAACUGAAUGAUAUGAUGGAACUGUAUCAAUUAUCAAAGUCGUUGGCUGACAUUGUUAUACCUCAGGAAUAUGGAAUUACCAAGGCUGAGAAAUUGGAUAUUGCCAAAGGAUAUUGUACUCCUUUGAUAAGAAAAAUACGUUCGGACUUGCAGAGAACUCAGGAUGAUGACACUGUUAACAAGCUGCAUCCACUAUACUCGAGAGGAGUGAUGUCCCCAGAACGACACGUUCGCACUCGGUUGUAUUUUACGAGUGAGAGCCAUGUACAUUCGCUUCUUUCUAUACUGCGCUACGGUGCCCUUUGUAACGAGAUUAAAGAUGAACAGUGGAAAAGGGCAAUGGGCUAUCUAAACUAUACCAGUGAACUUAAUUACAUGACACAGAUUGUUAUCAUGUUGUAUGAAGACCCAAAUAAGGAACUUACUUCAGAAGAGAGAUUUCACGUUGAAUUGCACUUCAGUCCUGGUGCUAAAGGCUGUGAGGAAGAUAAAAAUCUUCCAUCAGGUUUUGGAUACAGACCAGCAUCUCGUGAGAGUGACACUGGAUCCAAAAUCUUCCUGAAUAUUGACAAUGAUGAUGACUCCGUUUCAAGCAGGGAAGUUGCUGAAAAGUCAACAGUGGCGUUCAGGCCAAUGGUCUCAGAUCCCAUUUAUAUACAUCGAAAAUCCCCACUGCAAAGGUCCAAGAAAAUAGGCUCUGUGGAACAUCGGAUCAGAAGAGAUGACACCUGGGAACCAACAUGUCUUCAGAGAGAUCAAACCUCUUUAUCCUCUUUCACUUUAGGUACAAAACAGGAAGAGAGCCCCCUGAGUCUGUCUAGCCCAGAGUGUAGUGGUACCUGGAUGCAUUACACUAGUGGUGUGGUUGCUGGGCGUCGAAGACGCAGAUCAGGGGACCAAAUCACUUCUUCCCCAGUCUCCCCCAAAUCAUUGGCUUUCACAUCAAGUAUUUUUGGCUCAUGGCAACAGGUGCUUCCAGAAACCAGUACUAUUAUGCGAGGUGGAAGAUCCUAUUCAGAACAGAAAUACAGUGGGCUUGGGUCUCACUGUGCAGGCCUGUUUAGAACUACUGUGCUGGGGGGUUCCUCGAGUGCACCUAACCUACAGGAUUAUGCUCGUGCGCAUCGUAAAAAGCUGACAUCAUCUGGCUGCUUUGAUGACGCCACAUGCAGUUCUGCUGUAAAAAGAUUUUCUAUCUCAUUUGCUCGACACCCAACCAAUGGAUUUGAGCUCUAUUCUAUGGUGCCUUCCAUUUGCCCUCUUGAAACCCUUCAUAAUUCACUGUCGCUGAAGCAAGUGGAUGAAUUCCUUACAUCAAUUCCUGAAAGCGAGAGAUCUUCUGGGAUUCCUACUACAUCCUCAGCUUCUGGUAAUAUCAUGUCUCUAGGUAGAAGGAUUUUAAAUACAUAUACACCUAGAAAGGUACUUCCAUCGCCUCGGGCACCAGAUCAAGAAAGUAAUAAAUCUACUUCAUGUGAUUUAACUUAAAGGUGACCGCUUAAAGGUGAAUUUCCUUGAAUUUUUGCCAUGCAGUCUCUAGAGGAUCCUCCAAGGAUGUGUCUAUUACUGGGCAGUCUUCAUUGACUGAAAAUUCAUCCUAUGGUCAAAGUGACAAUGGGACAACUUUGUUAAGCACCAAAGACAGACAAAGCUGAUGAAUGAAAUCUACUUGAAGUCAGCUCGUUCAAACCAGUUGUUCAACAUGGAAAUUAAUGGAUAUGUCCAUAAUGAGACUUAAGGAAAUAUAUGCUUCGUUUCAAAUUCUUCAAUAUCCUGCCAUCAAUUAUGUGUAUGCCAAGGUUGGUGUUGUGUUGGAUUUUUAUUUUGUCCGCAGAUGCAUCAUUUUCUGUAGCUUGGAAUAGAAUCUAAUCGGUGGUGCAAUCAAAUUGAGAAAAGCAAGAAUUCCUUUACAUGGUUAACCUCAAGAACAAUUCAUUUAAUUAAACUUAUUACUUGUUAUUGAAGUAAAAUGUGGCAUUUUCUGUGUUAUAGACUAAAUUAGAUAUUUUCGUCCAAAUCCACUGUUAAAAAGUUGCCUGUUAUUUUUGCAUCUGUAAUAAACAAAGCCUCCCAAAUUGAUUUUAUUCUCAUAUCAUUGGGUCCAAGAUAAUGAAUAAAGAAGUAGCAUUUUCCAGGCAAUCCAAUUCUUACAUUCUUCAUUCCAGUGUGUUCCAUUCAGAAUAUCUAUUGAACAUAUACUACAGCUUAGGGUGAAUGGCCCCACGUGAUUUAAUAUCUUGUGCAGACUAUUAUUUCGGAGUGUAUGGCUGUUAUAGAUAGAAAAGGUUAGUGAACGGCUUGCAUUUCAUGCCCUACAUCAUUCCAAGGAUAUUUUAGAUAUGAUUGGUAGUUGCCAUUCCCUGUCCCUGCUACGUAAAAAGGAUUGUUUGCACCACUUUUUGGGUCACAUUGGUCACAACAAUUUUUUAAGUAGCCAUGUUUGUGCUCAUUUCACCAGCACUGUAAUUUAAACUAUUCUAAUUUUUGCAUCUCAAUGAAAUGUUUUUGUUUUCGACAUAGGUUCACAUCAAAGAAAUAUGUGCAAUUUUUAUGUUUUUUGUCUAUGUAUGUGUAUAUGUAUAUAGAGGGGAAAAAGUGUCUAUUUUCCAUGGUUAAAAUAACUAUUUUGAACUAUGGUACUUGAUGGUAUUUUUAAAGUUAUAUAACAUGUUAAAACUGACACAAGAUUAUUUUUAUUCUGAAGAAUGCCAGCUAUCUAAAACUUUUUUUCUGUUGUUUAAAAUAUUGUCUAACUGUACAAACAUGAAGCUUCUCUGGUUCGAGAAUGUUAACUGGAAUUUAUGUUACGUUCCAGAAUUAGCUGUGAAUAAACUGUAUUUGAGAUGUUAUAAUUUUCAAAAUAUAAAUCUGGGUGUAUGUUUUUAUAUGAAAUGGAUUGCAGAUAUGUUUUGUAAAUAAGAUUUUAUGUAUGUAUAGGUCAGUAUUUUCAUUUACAAACAAGCAACAGAGCGCAUUGCUUUCAUCUCUACAACUUUGUUGUCUUGUAUUUACAUACUAUGGAAUAAUUUCUCUUGCAGAAAUGUCUGUAUUCAGUGAAGAAUUGAGCAAUGUUACAUUUUCUUUAAACAAGUUAAAGUAUAUAAUAAUAUUUCCGUUGUAACUCAGGAGUCUAUUUCAAUAGUCAAGUAAAGUUUUAAACAAUAAUUUGGUAUAUUCUGUACUACAUAUGCAUUGUACAAAGCUGACGUAAUAAACUGGUGUCUUCGAG